AUAUGACUUCACAACUUCCGUUUGCUGGAGAGGCGGAGUCCUGAGUUAUUUAAAUAGCAGAGAAAUUUGCUGAGACUCAGUUCAUGCUUGACAGGCAGAUCCAGAAGACAAUCUGCAAGGCUGAAUUGUUGGAAGAGCCUAAAAAAAAAUACUUUCAGGAUGCAGGGACUGUGUGUACUGAUGAUACUCACCUUUUGUGGGUCAGCUCUGGGUAACCAUCUGCUGGAGCAGCAGACAGAUUUUGGACUACGUGUGUUUUCAGAAGCUGCCCAAUCCAAUCCACAUCAAAAUCUCAUUCUGUCUCCCUAUGGCAUCUCUUCAAUGCUGGGGAUGGCUCAGGUGGGAGCCUACGGUUCCACUUUACAGACUCUAAAACAACACAUGGGCUAUUCUCUGCAAGAUCGUGGAAUGUCACGUAAACAGAGGCUUCUUCAGAGAGACCUGGCCAGUGAAGAGGGAGUGGAAGUAGCGAGUGCUGUAAUGGUGGACAGAAAGGUAGUCUUGGAGAAACUCUUCCGACGUAGCCUUUUGAAGGCAUUUCAGAGUGUGCCACACCAAGUGGACUUUAGUAAUCCUGACACUGCCUUGAAGGUCAUCAACUCUUGGAUGUCAGAAAACACUGGAGGCAUGAUCCCAAAUUUCCUACAAUCUGGAGUGCUGAGUGACCAGACACGUUUGGUGCUGUUGAAUGCUCUCCACUUCCAUGGGCUUUGGAAGAACCCUUUUGACCCAAAGCUGACUGCAGAGGGCACCUUCCACACAGCUAAUGGCAGUGAAGUGUCAGUGCCGAUGAUGAGAUCAACACAGACGUUCAACUAUGGUGAGUUUGUUUCAGAAGAAGGCAUUGAAUAUGAUGUUAUUGAGGUGCCAUAUGAUGGGGACUCACUGAGCAUGCUCAUAAUUUCAUCAUUCGAGAGGGAUGUACCACUUUCUGCCUUAACCAAAGAGCUGUGCAGCAACAAAAUCCAGGAAUGGAGAGAGCAGUUGAGGAAGGUUAAUCGAGAGCUGGUGAUUCCAAGGUUUACCUUAGACACAGAAGUUGAUCUGAAGUCAGCAUUGAACAAGCUGGGUCUUGGUGAGAUCUUCAGUAAAACCGCUGAUUUCUCCCGCAUUACUACUGAAGAGCCUUUGUAUGUAUCGAAGAUUUUACAGAGAGUAAAAAUUGAGGUGAAUGAAGAGGGAACCAAAGCAUCUUCUGCUGGAGGUGUCAUCAUCUAUGCUCGCAUGGCCAUAGGAGAACAUAUUUUGAACCGCCCAUUCCUCUUUCUCAUACAGCACAAGUCAACAGGUGCUGUGCUGUUCACAGGUCAGGUGAACCAACCUUAGAAGUAUUAGCAAUCCCAGAAGCAUAAGAUUACUGUCAAGAUUACAAACAACAAGAUUACUGUCACUGUCUUCAAAGAAAUUACUACUGAGUCAGCGCAGGAUUGGCAAAAAGAUAAAGAGUUGAUAAUUUUACAUGCAUCCUGGAGAGCCCCCUAGAAAAUGUACUUUGGAACCACAGCCUCCAAACAGUUUGACAAAGAUUUUCUAAAUUUAGGUCCUUUGUUUGACUGGAAAUUUAGGUCUUGUAUCUAUCUCAUCAUUAAGCGGAUAUUAUAUACCAGUAAGGGCUGCAUAGUGUAGUGUGUGUGGUGGAUGACAUUGUAAAAACUAUGUAAAUGAAGGAAAACACUGUUGUAUGUUUAAAAACAGACAGAUUUCUAAGGUUUUCAUAAAUUCAUUAUCCCUCUAACUUAAAAAAAAAGAAAAA